CUCCGCCGCCCAGUGAAGCGCGAUGACAUGCCGCGCAACCCCUCGCCGCUAAAGCUCCGGACAUACGCGAACCAAGCUCGCCGACUAUACGAUCUAACAAAACGUGUGUCGCGUGUGCAGUGCCCAACAUUUUUGUUUCACGCCGGAUUUGUUUCACACCGUGAUUGAAAUUAAUCAAGAAAAAUGUCGCGAAGGGGAUUUUGUCACCCAAAAUAUUAUAAAGCCAAAACGAAAUUAGUCAAUUAUACUUAGUCAUUGGGAUGUUAAUUAAAGCUUAGUGGAUGAUAGUGUAAAUAUAACUAAUUAUCAAGUGUGUACGAGCUGUGCUGUCUCCGAUGUGUAUUCUAUGUGAUGUGCUUGAGAACUGCAUGGAGCGCCACGUGGAUUAUAUUUAUAACUAACCGCUAACCACAAAUUCGUCACGUUUACUGGAAACUAAAAACCCUAAAGAUGCCUAAAGGCGACGCCGAUAUGUCGCUGAAGCAGGGCAGCGGCACCGGCAAAGUCCACUUCGGUGGUUUGGACGAUGUGUCCUUGUACGGCACGCCCGUGGAACCUGCCCCGCCGGCGACGGACGCCAAGCAAGGCUUCCUGCGCAACCAGCUGCAGGCCCUCUUCCAGCCCACCGACAACAAACUAGCCAUGAAGCUCUUCGGCUCUAAGAAGGCGCUGAUGAAGGAGCGCAUCCGGCAGAAAGCUGCGGGCCAUUGGGUCAUACAUCCGUGCAGUAGUUUCAGAUUCUACUGGGAUCUAUGUAUGUUACUACUGCUGGUCGCCAACCUGAUCAUUCUGCCAGUCGCCAUCUCCUUCUUCAACGAUGACCUUAGCACGCGCUGGAUCGCCUUCAAUUGUCUUUCCGACACCAUAUUUCUUAUAGAUAUCGUUGUUAAUUUUAGAACAGGAAUAAUGCAGCAAGAUAAUGCAGAACAAGUGAUAUUAGAUCCCAAGUUAAUAGCGAAGCACUAUUUGAGGACAUGGUUCUUCCUUGACCUCAUCUCUAGUAUACCACUAGAUUAUAUAUUUUUGAUCUUCAAUCAGGUAAACGACUUUAGUGAAAGCUUUCAAAUUCUUCACGCGGGUCGUGCACUGAGGAUACUUCGGUUAGCAAAACUACUAUCUCUGGUGCGGUUGUUGCGGCUGUCCAGGCUCGUCCGAUAUGUGUCGCAAUGGGAGGAAGUAUAUUUCCUCAACAUGGCAUCAGUUUUCAUGCGGAUAUUCAACCUUAUCUGCAUGAUGUUGUUAAUCGGACAUUGGUCUGGUUGUCUACAGUUCCUCGUUCCUAUGCUGCAAGGAUUCCCACCAAACUCUUGGGUUGCAAUAAACGAACUACAGGAGGCCUUUUGGCUGGAGCAGUACUCGUGGGCGCUGUUCAAGGCGAUGUCGCACAUGCUGUGCAUCGGCUACGGGCGCUUCCCGCCGCAGUCGCUCACCGACAUGUGGCUCACCAUGCUGUCCAUGAUCUCCGGCGCCACGUGCUACGCACUCUUCCUCGGUCACGCCACCAACCUCAUCCAGUCUCUUGACUCUUCACGAAGACAGUACCGAGAAAAGGUGAAACAAGUGGAGGAGUACAUGGCGUACCGCAAGCUGCCUCGAGAGAUGCGACAGCGAAUCACGGAGUACUUCGAGCAUCGCUACCAGGGCAAGUUCUUCGACGAAGAGCUCAUCCUGGGCGAGUUAAGUGAGAAGCUGCGCGAAGACGUCAUCAACUACAACUGUAGGUCGCUCGUCGCCUCCGUGCCAUUCUUCGCCAACGCCGACUCAAACUUCGUGUCUGAUGUUGUGACCAAACUACGUUACGAAGUCUUCCAACCUGGUGAUAUCAUCAUCAAGGAAGGAACCAUUGGGAGCAAAAUGUAUUUCAUCCAAGAAGGCAUCGUGGACAUCGUCAUGGCAAACGGCGAGGUAGCCACGAGUUUGUCGGACGGUUCCUACUUUGGUGAAAUCUGCCUUCUAACGAACGCUCGUAGAGUGGCCUCCGUCCGUGCCGAGACAUACUGCAAUCUGUUCUCCCUGUCAGUGGACCACUUCAACGCCGUGCUCGACCAGUACCCGCUGAUGCGGCGGACCAUGGAGAGCGUGGCUGCCGAACGACUAAAUAAGAUAGGGAAGAACCCCAACCUGGUGGCGCACCGCGAGGACGACACCACGUCCGAGGGCAACACCAUCAACGCCGUGGUGAACGCGCUGGCGGCCGAGGCCGAGCACGUGAGCCUGUCGGACGACAGCGUGGCGCGGCUGUCGGAGCGCUCGCUGGGGCUGGCGCUGCAGCCGCUGCAGGCGGCGUCGUGCCGCAUGGCGGGCGUGGCGCUGCCGGGGCUGGGCGUGGCGGCGGCGCUGCCGCGGCCCAAGUCCGAGCACGACUUCAGCGCCGCGGCGCCGCUGGCGUCGGCCGCCGCCUUCCACAAGUCGGACGCGGGCAUCGCGCCCUGACGCCGCUCCGCGUGCUGAGACAUAGCAAUACUAGGCUUAGUGCGAGCGUCCCGCGGCACGCUCGCUAGUUGUAGCGUAGACACGAGUAUUAUAGCUGCGACUUCGCCGGGCGGACUCCGCGCCGCCCGUUGAAUCUCAUUUUGUGAUCUUAUACUUAAUUCUCCUGUGUUAUAAUUUAGGUUAAAUUUUAUAUCAUUGACGCUGUGAGGAAUCGACGGAUACGUGACGUAUUCCGAUUGUAUAGAUUAUACCUGUUAUAUAUUGAAGAAUGAUACUAUUGAAUCUUUAUAGAGAUACCUUGCCAUUAAAAGAGGAAAUAAUUAUAUAGACUAGACUGAAAUGUAAAGAUAUCACUAUUUUAUGCUUUGUUGACGUAUGAAAUAGACCUCUAUUGUUGAUGCGGAAUAUUCGAUGGCGAAGUUAAGUACGAGUGUAUAAACGUUCCUGAUUAUCACGAUUCAGAGAUUAUUAUAUUGGAAGCUCUUUAAUUAUUAAAGUUGGAUCGUGGGAGCCACACGUGGAGUUAGGCAAUGGGCGCGGGCCGGGCGCAGUGCGCAGACGCCCGCAUGCGGGGCCGGAGCCGCACGUCCGCGCCGUGCCCGCAUGCGGGCGGUGCGGGCCCUGCCGCGGCUGCACAAGCGACGCACAACUAAACAGAGCCUCACGCGCGAUUCCAAUAGCACACAGUUGCUUUCUUCAUUUAAUUAUAAGUAGUAUCUACCGAUAAUCGGCAUAAUUAGCGCAAACAAGUCUCUCAGUUUCUUAAGUAGAGGUGGAUCAGUAGCGCUUCGAAUCUUUUGAGAGUCGUUUCUGUAUGUAAAUAUUGUAAUAUCGGGGAUUUGCCUUAGCGCGGUUCGUUUGAACGGAGUGUUAGCGGGCGUUCGUUUGAGCGGUCCAGUCAAUUAUUCCGAGCGCUCGCAUUGCGCGACGGACGUCUCGGUUCUCGAUGCACUACUACACUUCAUACCUUGUUUUAAUUGUAGGUGAAAAUAAUUUAUUGUCGAUAGUGAUCAUUUCGUAGGAGUAAGUAGGCCGGAGCGUUAACAAAUUCGGACGAAUUACAUUAUGUGAUAGAGCAGCGGUCGGCUGCGCGGGCCGGCGGCCGCGGGCUGGGCGACUGUAGGCCGCAGUACUCAGUAGCUAGCCGUUACCGUGCAUGUUACACUGAUUCUUUGACUUGGAACUUAUCUGUCGUUUGAUUCUUUCGAUAGCCACUUUAGUUACUUCUGGCAAUGAUAAUGGCUUUCCGCAAUCGCUUACACAUUUUAAAUAACUUUAGCCUAACUUAGGAACGUAAUAUUAUGAUAAUGAGCGACAUAUCCUAGCGAGGCUCAGUCCAACAUUAGUUCGAGUCGCCGAGCCCGCGGCCGCCCGGAACGCAAACUUUGGCACGAAUCAUCGUUGACUAAUUCUUAUAGGGUCAUGACAAUUUGUAAAGAUGGUUUUGCAAAUGUUGACUUUUUAGCCAAAAUAUAGUUAAUGAAUGACGAACCAAUACGCAGUAGCUUACUUGUAGAUGAACGCAGCCUAGUUCUCAGUUUUGGCGACUAACACCAAUAGAUACUUUGUACUCGUAAGAUAUUUAUACAAUACAUUGGUCUUAGCAGAGUGACUAUCUGUCAAUUUAUCUACAAAGAGAAAUAUAAUUGCGUUUCAUUCCCAGAAGCAUUUAUUUGUUGUUGUUUUAUCUACCUAACAUUACCGCUUUUGUAAAUUAUAUAAAUUUUAUAGAAGAGAUCUAUUUUUAUUGUGAAGUUGAUCUACUGGAUGUAAGUAAAAACCUAUAUAAAAUUUAUUUCUUUUAAAUCUGAACUGUUAUUUGUUAAAUAUUUUAAUAAUUUCUGGUAACUAUUGUCACCAAAAGUGCUCAUCGCUGUCAAGAAAAUUAGAGAAAAAAUGCAUUAAAGAAUGAAGAAAACCG